ACAGCCCGGGCACACACAAACACACGGGCGCGCACACACUCAAAUACACACACGGAAUUUCAGCUCAGCCAUGGCUCCCUGGUAGAUGCUCAAAGCGGCUGUUGUCAGAGCGAAUUAAAUCUACACUCGCUCGCUGCUUUCCUCCUGACCUUGCCUGCCUCCGGUUGGGUUUUCAAUAUUUUAUUCAGGAUUCCUGCGCUGUCUCCCCAUGGCUACAUCGGAUGGACUAGACGGCUGUCUGCAACGAGGCAGAUCUCAAAGUGACCCGAAUAUACUCACCGAACCGGGCAUCGAUUUGGCUCACGGCACAGUAGAGGUGCUGGACCAGCAGAGGGUGCUGAGGACGGGUUGCCUGGUGAGCGGCGUGCACACGCCACCCAUCCGACGCAACAGCAAGCUGGCCACCCUGGGGCGCAUCUUCAAGCCCUGGAAGUGGAGGAAAAAGAAAAACGAGAAGCUCAAGCAGAGUUCCACAGAUGUAGCAUUAUCCAGUGGUCUUCUGUGCCACGGCCCAAGCUCCCCCACCCAGGGCUGCUGCUCAGACGGCGCGGUCUUGCUUGGAGGGUUUGGGGGGCCACUGCAUCCGAACCUCACGGUCAGCAGCGUGGAAUACCUGGGUCCAGAGGAGGAGCACCCGCCACCAGUCCCCGCCCCUCUCCAGGACUGCGAACGUUCGGAGGAGAGUGUGCCGCCGCCGGAGGAGGAGGAGGGAGCGGAGGAGGUGCACCCUGCUGGGGAUUUACCUGAGUGUCUGCAGGAUGUGGAAGAACAGAUGAAAGAAAGAUCAGAGGAGGAGACUCCUUCAGGAACCUCCCCACCACAAGUACCUCCAAAACUGUUGCCCCAGCUGAGUACUGGAGAAGAUUCAGGCCCCGCGUCACUCCCCACUCACCUGCCCAACUCCUACCUCCCCAAGGAGCCUCCCCCCAGGGCAACAGAGAGCCUGGCUUCAAUCCCCCUGCCGCUAAGAGGGCCCCUGGCCAACCAGUCGGGGUCCCCGCAUCUGGGUAACAUGAUGCACCCUCCCAUGCCCCCUAGCUGCAUCAUGGAGGAGCUGCAGAGAGCCUUCGCUUCCAAGAACAGACAGGAGAGUGUCCAUGAAGGAUGUGAGCAGGGCUCACCUCCGCGGCUGUGGUGCUCCGACGGACGCCUCUCUCGCUCCUGCAGCUCUGAGAACCAGCACUCGUCGUUGCUGGGGCUCGGCUGCGUCGGGGGCGGGGGGUCCGACUGGCCCAAGAAGGAGGCGGAGGAGAACAAGGAGAACGUGCGGCUGGACCAGUGCUUCUCCAACACCUCAGGCCUCCCCACUGACCUGGAGGGCUGGAAUGAGUCCGUCAUCUCUGGCACACUUCCUCGCAGGCUAAGGAAGGAGUUGCUGGCUGUCAAACUACGAAACAGGCCCAGCAAGCAGGAGCUGGAGGACAGGAACAUCUUCCCAGCGAGGAGCGACCAGGAGCGCCAGGAAAUACGCCAGCAGAUUGAGAUGAAACUUGCCAAGAGGCUGAGCCAGAGACCGAACGUGGAGGAGCUGGAGAGCAGGAACAUCCUGAAACAGAGAAAUGACCAGACAGAGCAAGAGGAGAGAAGAGAAAUCAAACAGCGGCUAAACAGAAAGCUCAACCAGCGGCCCACGGUGGAUGAACUGCGGGACAGAAAGAUCCUAAUCCGCUUCAGCGACUAUGUGGAGGUGGCCAAAGCUCAGGACUACGACAGGAGAGCGGACAAACCCUGGACUCGACUCUCCGCGGCAGACAAGGCUGCGAUCCGAAAAGAGCUAAACGAGUUCAAAAGCACUGAGAUGGAAGUGCACGCUUCGAGCAAACACCUAACGAGGUUCCACCGGCCAUGAAAGUGAGGAGUUUCUUCUAUGAAGAAAUGCUGAGCUUAGAAAUUUCCCGAGGCAGCUAGAAGCUGCUCGGUGGGGACAGUUUAAAGAGCCUGGAGCCUUUUUUCGUCUUCAGCGUGUCUUUAACAUUCUUCCAGCACCCUCGUGUUAUCAGUAUGAAGGCAUGGGUGUGGGAGAAGGGACGAUGGUCAUGUUUGCGGCAGUGUGUCCUGGAGACUACUGGAUGCCACGUUGGAAGCUGGCGGGUGGAAGCCUCCGACUCUCAGGACAAGAGCGGAGGAAAGGAACAAUCUUGUCAUUCAGUCAUUGUUGUUUUUUUUGUACUAAUUCAUGGGCUCCUUUGACAAGGCCGGUGUGAAUCCGUGUAGUGGGAAGACGUGAUGCAUGUGACAAGCUUCACCUUUUCUAAACUGAUGAAUAAUAUGUCACUUGGACUGUGUAAAGGCUGGGAAGUGUGGGGGGAGGCAGCACUGGGGAUGAAUUUGAUAUCAACUGUACAUACAGUAUGUGAGUCGGGAUGGGGCCGUCAUUGUCUUCACUGAAAAGAGAAAUACCUUUGUAAGCACUACUUGUCUUCAGAAAUACAAGGUCUUUUUUAA